CCCCCCCCCCCCCCACUUAUUCAUCAGCUGGUCUGGAGGUCUCUAAGCAUUAAUUCUUAUUGGUGAUUUUGAAGUGACCUGGUUCAGCAACCAAGAUAAUGGAGUACAUGGUCUCUAUGCCUUUUACUUCAGCUCAAUUGAUAAAUUGAUGUCUGAAUAUAUGAGCAAUUAUUAGGAAAAUAUCGGAGAACUGGUUUUAGUCCUAUAUCCAGCUUUGAAUGCUCAGACUGCAAAUUACAUGCGACCAGUUAUGUAUGCACGGUCCUUUUAUCAUGGCAUCCAAUUUCACAGCUGAUUUGUAUAGAGGAUUCUGUCACCUCUCCAAUUGUCAAGACAACAGUCUACUUUUAUAAGAGUGAUUGUGUGCAAAAGUGGUCAGACUCUGUGAUACUAAUUCAUUCUCAGGUAGUUUAGCUGUAAUAUAAGUUUAAAAGUUUCAAAAUUCCAUUAUUUCUAUUAAACAAUUCUUGGGGGCAGCUUGAUUGCUUAACAUAAGGAAAUAAGUCUUACUAUUUCACAUGUAUGCAUUUCUGAACAUUUUAUUUGCAAUUGAAAUCAGAAACAAAUUGAUAAAUAUUUUAUAGUAUGCAUUAGUCAGCUAUCCCAUCCAAAAAGUGGUUGAUUAGGAAACCGAAAGUCCCAGUCAUCUAAUCCUAAAUCAAAUUAGGAUAGAAAUGCAUGACGAUCACUGUUGAAGCCACACCAGCAUCAGGAACUGGAAUGAUUGCAUGUUUGAUAUUAUAAACUUUGAGAGUUCAUUUGAUUUUUAGAUAAAGACAUUGAGAAAGAGACACUUAUCUCAUUUGAUGUCUUUCAUUAAGUUGAGAGCCCCUACCUAUUUUAUAAGUGUUCCUUGUAAGCUUUUUUAAACACUUAUAAAAAUGUGACCCCCAUCAAAUAGUACAACUUAUGAGAUUGCACAUAUUCGGAACAUUUUUUAUUUUUAUUAAAAUUAUCUGGCAAUUUUGUAACUCAACAUCAUAUCUAUUAUUGAUUAUGUAUCUGUCAGCAUCUCAAAAAUAGCAACAUUUCCCAUAGUUUCAAUAUUACAGUUUUCAAAUGCAAUUAAAAUCGAAAUUGAUGCUUUAUAAAUGAUUGUUUAAUGUCAAUCGCUGGCCCUAUAGCCCUCUCCUUGUCUAUUAUUUGAAAUUUAAGUGCCCACUUCGUGCUUCACAGGAAACAUAUGGGAUGUAUAAAUAUUUUUAUGAAAGAUUUUGAAUGAUGGGGGAAAAUAAUGUACCUAUAACUCUCAGAAAAAUGAGUCAAUUUAAUACUUGAAAAGACUUGAAGAUGUUGAAGUGCUUACAAAAUCUUCAAUCAUUUAUAUUCUUCAUCUUUGGUGUAGAAAAACUCUCUGAAAAUUCUAUCACUUGCUUGAUGAAGAAACAGUUUGAUCAAUGUGUGGGACAAAUACUUUUGAAAAAAGGAAGUUAAAUUCUCUUAGGCUAAUAUUUUUAUUAAAUAAUUAAAUAAUGAAUCUUUGAUUCAGUUCUAUGCAUAUUUCCUAAAAGUAUACAGCUUUUUUUUAUUGGUUGGCAACAGAACAUUUUAGCCUGUUUAUCCUUGUUCAAAAGGAAUUCACUAAAUUGGGAAAUAGUGUCACGCUUUUGAAUUGCAAUUUAAAAGACAAAGCUUUACUCUACUCCCACACCUAAUCACCUUUCAAAAAAAUUGCUACAAUGAAGUUUUCUACUAUUAUAGUACAAACUGUGUUACAUUGAGUGUAUAGUAGCAUGAUAAUUAAGAGAUCUACUGAAUGAUUCUCAGGAAAAGAUUAAGUGUGACGUCAGAUCAUCAAGUUAAACAUCCUUUGCUACUUCAAGCAGAUGAGAAAAAGUGAAACACUAGGGAAUCUUUUACAGAUAUUGCUUAAGGGAGUGUGAAGUUUGUCACAAAGAAUCAUACUAAUCUGUUACCGUUUAAUGCAAAAAGUGAAUUAACGUUUUGGUGAAAUAUUCAGGUGUUAACAAGUGGAUCAUAUGUCUGAUGUGUUCUUCAUGCUAUGGGAGAUCUAGAAUAUUGUCAGAUGCUGAAGGAAAAGCCAUAAUUUAGGGGAUGAAGAUUAGUACUCCCCAGUAUGAGGGGAGGAACCCCUUCCAGCUCCAGCUGUUACGGACCAACAGAACCAGGGACUCCCCAAUGGGACUGGAUCCUAAUCCAGGAUUGGAUAAAACAGCCUGUGAAGUGGAGAACUACAGACUGUGUGCUGAUGGAAGCUGUAUAUCACAAGUGGAUCUUUGCCCGGAGGAGCAGCUGAUGAACCAGAAUACCAUCCUGAUAAUGAUCGUGGUCGGGCUGGCCGUCGUCAUCUUUCUCAUCGUCCUGUAUUGUUUCCAGCAAAGAAACAGAAGUCCGACUCAUAGCCGAGGCCGAUCAGUUCGCAGCAGUGGAACCAAUGGGGAUGAAGCCGACCGAAUUUCUUUAUUUCUACCUCCUCCUACCUAUGACGAAGUGAUAACAACCAACUUAUACCCACCUACACCUCAGAUUUUCCACAGAAGGGACAGAAUAACUUCUUCAGAGGAGCCCCCGAUGACUCCUCCCCCAAAUUAUGACACUGCCUUAAUUCUCCUAUCCAGGAGCCACGAAUCAGUGUUGUCACCAAGUUAUGACACGGUGCCUAAAAGACCUUCAUUGAAUAGAGGUCAUCGUAGGAGCUUAUCAGUGGACCAGUUAAGUCCUAAUCCAGGGGACACUAGUGUUCAAAUUUUUCAUUUUCAAGAGACAGCAGAACCAAACCAAGAAAAAGCGAAUUUCAACACAAUCUCUGAGGCGAGGUGACAAAAGAUGUUCUAUAACUCUGGAAUUCAUAUGUGGACCAAUUCAGAGUAGAUCUCCAAGGGAACAGAUGCAGCUUCCAGAAACGUCCAGGUCUUGCCAUAAUCAUACAGUUUGAUUGACUGACAGAGGCAACAUAAUGUUGGUGAUUCAGAUCUUCAACUUGUGAAAAUGUCAGUGAUAUGCAGCAAACUGGAGAUUUACUUGUGCAAAAUGUUGAUAUUUAUUUGUACCAUUUUGUUUUUUAUGACUGUGAUGUAGAGACUAAAUGAACUGAUGCCCAAGUUCAUCAUUUGCGUACUCU